AUGAUUGCAAAUGUGGUGCCAGUGCGUGUUCUCCACAGCAGAAGUCAGGGCAAUAACCGCUGCAGGCAUGCCUGUGGAAGAUCAUGCGAGACUGCGUUGCACCAACUUGUAAGCAAGAUUGAGAAAGCUCUAGAGAGCAGUGAAGUGGCCCUGGGUGCCUUUCUCGAUAUUCAAGGUGCUUUUGAUAAUACUGUCCUUGUGAUUGGAAAGUUCCACGGAACCAUAACUGACCUUAUGAAUAGAGCUUUAAGGGUAGUGGACCGUUGGUGCCAGGAAGUUGGGCUCUCUAUAAAUCCCAGGAAAGUUGUAAUGGUACCCUUCACAAGAAGGAGGAAACUGGAUGGGAUCGGCCCACUAAGACUGCAGGGCACUGUAAUAGAGCUGCAGAAUCAGGUGAAGUAUCUUGGUGUAAUUUUGGACAGAUCACUUCACUGGGGACCACAUCUUCAAAAAGUCACUGAGCGUGGCAAAUGGUCCCUUAUGGCAUGCAGGCGGAUGGUAAGUGGCACAUGGGGGUUACAGCCUAAACUUUUGCACUGGCUGUACGUAUCUGUUGUUCGACCCGCCCUUACAUAUGGUUCGCUUGUGUGGUGGCCAAAGAUGGAAUCUACUAUAGCUGUCAAAGCUUUAGCAGGAGUUCAGAGGCUUGCUCUUAUAAUGAUAACUGGGGCAGUAAGCAGCUGUCCUGGAGCGGCUCUUGACUGUCUGCUUGAUAUGCUACCUAUCGACAUUUACAUCAAGGUGGUAGCAAGUAAAACAGCCCAACGCCUUAGAUGCGAAUACUUAUGGAUCACCUCAGGAAACAAUAAAGGGCACUCCAAAAUUGUUCAGGUGGUACAUAAUGAUGAAUUGCACUUGCCUUCAGUUUCAGAUCACAUGUCCAAAAAAUACUCCUUUGGAAAGCCUUUCAAAGUACUAAUACCAGAUAGGAAGGAUUGGUCUGGCGGAAAAGGACCCAUACCCACAGGUGAUUUAGAAUGCUAUACUGAUGGUUCUAAGAUCAAAAAUGGGGGCACUGGAGCAGGCUCGUGUGGGAUUGUCUUGCUUCUGUGUCUGAGUUGGGUAGGAGAAAUGACCUUACGCUUUGCUGGGUGCCAGGACACUCAGGCAUUAAAGGAAAUGAAGCUGCAGACAGAUUGGCAAAUACUGCCUCUGCGACUUCAAUGA